UUACAGUAAAACACUGGAGAAGAAGCCGGGUCUGGAUGAUGUAAAGGCCAUUGCCAAAGAGCUGGAUUUGGAGCUGGGUGCCAUUGGGAACACUCCUACAACACGGGAGGAGACACGGCCGGGCAACUGACUCAUGUUUGUUACCAGGGAAGAGGAGCGUUUCUAGUUUUUCCUCACAAGUGAACAUUCCCCCCAGUGCGAUGCAGCGUGGACUCGGUCUGCCCUCAGUCGGUGUGGAGUGAAGUCAUCAGCAGUCUCUGUCCCAGCGGAGUUUCUGUGUGGCUGGUCGUGUGGCUCAAAUGGACCGCUCCGUCUCAUCCAAGGCACACGCCACUUACCCUGGUCGAGGGCAGUGCUCAAUGAAGUGGAUAGGGUGCGGUUUUAGACGUCACCUGUGGAGAUGUCAAUAACACGGCGUCACAGCUGCAGUCACACCCCAGUGUCCCUCUUUGAUCAUUUACAUAGGCCUGCUAUGGAAAUGUGCUCACGCUUUGGUCGUUAACCGUCUCUGUGACGACCGAAAUGGCAUUACCGUUCAAAGAAGGAAAAAAAAAAAACGGUUGCCCUCUUAAAACUUUACCCCUGCCUGAACAUAAACCAGAGCCUGAAAAAACGAGGAUCAGCCAACUUUUUCGGUCCCUACAAAGACGGUAGAACAAGUACAGACGCCCACAGCGGCAAGCACAUUUGCUUGCGGUUUGCAGCUGAGACAUCUUUGCAUAUCUGGGGGGGGUCGCAUGGCACUAGCUCACGCUUCCUGUUUCAAUGUGUAGAGUUCUGUUCUGUCUGCGAAUUACCAGAACACACGCUCCACCAGUGGGUUGUAAGGGAGGGCACCUGUGUGCGGAGGGUCCCUGUGUGUGGAGGGUCCCUGUGUGUGGAGGGUCCCUGUGUGCGGAGGGUCCCUGUGUGCGGAGGGUCCCAGUGUGCGGAGGGUCCCAGUGUGAGGAGGGCGUGCGCGCGGGCAUCAGAUCGAGAGACGGAGCAUGAGCCUCCAGGGGACUGCGAUGUUUCCCUGCGGAGUCAUGGAGAGUGGCAGCAGGUGGCGUGAUGUGGGACUGGGACUGGGCCGUGGGGGCUGUGGGACCCUGCAUCACCAGGGGCCCUCUGUUGGGUCCAGCAGCCUGGAGAACCUGUGGGACGUUGUGCCGUCCGAGUUCCAGCCACACCACCUGCAGAGCACUGUCCGCUGGGGGGGCAGAGAUGGGGGGCUGAACUCUGCCCCUGCGGGACUGGGCCCCGCCCCAGGGGUCAUCACCAGCCUGCUCAAGGACCUCAGCCUGGGGGAGGAGCCAGUCUCCUCUCCCUCCAACGCCCCGCCCCCUAAACGCCAGUGCCGCUCCCUCUCCUGCUCAGAGGAUCUCGGUGGAUGCCGGACGGCCUGGAAGCCCCAGGGCUCACGGGUUUGGACGGCCGUGGAGAAGAGGAGGUGCCACAGCGGGGGGAGCGUCCAGAGGGGCUUGGCAACGGGAGGGUCCAGCUCACAGCAGCUGGGGUUCCCGGCCAUUCAGCGUAGUUCCAGUUUCAGUCUGCCGGCCCGCUCCAACCCCCUCACCCUGGACCUCCCCAGCUUCUCCACCCAGAAAAGUCUCCCCUGCCCUUUCUCCUUCGCCUGCCCGGCCCCUUCCUCCUCCCCAACCCUGUCCUCGGAACCCCCCAGGCCCUUCCUCUACCUCUCUCACGAACAGAUCUGCCUCCCGGAGCUCCAGGCUGGCCCGGCGUCACCCAGCAGCUCUCCGGACUCCACCCCGGAGAUGGAGCGCCGCGCUGGGCAGGGCGGGCUCGCCCGGAGCCGCUCCCAGCCCUGUGUCCUCAACGACCAGAAGAUCGGUAUGAAGCGACGGCGCCCGGCAGACUCCCACAAACAGAGGCCUUCUCUGGAUCUGGCCAAGAUGACCCAGAAACUUCAGAAUUUCCACAGCCUCAGCUGCCCUGGGAUCACUAGGGACGACAGCUGUCAAUCAACCCAGGACCCACCCCCUCUCAGGACCACCGCCCAGUGUGAGACAGACUUCACAGCUGCAGGCGAUCAGGGAUUGGACGAUCCACACGCCCGAACUAAAGAGGGCGGUGUCAUCGCUAGAGUCUCUGGGGAGGAGGAUCCAGCCAUCCUGAUUGAGGAGGUGAACUGGCUGAGCUCUCCAGACUGUGGUGACUUGACAUCAGGAAAAGCCAACGGGAAGGGCCGAGAGCCCCUGUGGGCAGGGCUGUGUGGAACCAGGAAGGACGUUCAUCAGCUCGGGGGAGAGCUGGACAUUGAACAGAUAGAGAGAAACUGAACCAGCCUUGCCAGGAACAGUUCCCACACCUGACCAUUAAGAGACAUUGCAAAAUAUCUGAAGACAUUUCCAUUUAGUUGCCUAAUGAACAUUCCCCUGAACUAUACUUACCACCCUCAGGGGAACUGGACUGUGGAAGGACAGAUGAGCUGGGUGGUCCAGACCACUAACAACAUGUGAACAGUCUUAAUGGACCAGGCCCGGUGGAGUACAGUAGGCAGUCUGUAGAGCCCAUCCAGGCACCAGGUUGGACUGAACACUGAGGGAGGACACGAGAGGCACACUGAGGAGAUUUCUCUGGCCUUACGGUGGUUUUGUAAUGUGUCUUAGUCCCAAACGACACCCUGGUCCUCCUAUAGAAGGCACUACUUUCAUUGUUCCACUCCUAUUUGAAUUGUGUAGCUGUCGUGUCUCUGUCAGCGGCUUCAAUGGCUGAACCUGGUCAGGAGUAGUGUUCUAGAUAAGGAACCAGGAGUCUUUGUGGACACACCCCCUGUGUUUUUACCUUCUCUAUAGUGAUGCACUGAGGGUGUUAAUAUCUGAAAACCCUCUCUGUAGUGAUGCACUGGGGGUGUUAAUAUCUGAAAACCCUCUCUGUAGUGAUGCACUGGGGGUGUUAAUAUCUGAAAACCCUCUCUGUAGUGGUGCACUGGGGGUGUUAAUAUCUGAAAACCUUCUCUAUAGUGGUGCACUGGGGGUGUUAAUAUCUGAAAACCUUCUCUAUAGUGGUGCACUGGGGGUGUUAAUAUCUGAAAACCUUCUCUUUAGUGGUGCACUGGGGGUGUUAAUAUCUGAAAACCUUCUCUAUAGUGGUGCACUGGGGGUGUUAAUAUCUGAAAACCUUCUCUAUAGUGAUGCACUUGGGGGUGUUAAUAUCUGAAAACCUCUAUAGUGGUGCACUGAGGGUGUCAAUAUCUGAAAACCUUGUCUAUAGCGAUGCACUGGGGGUGUUAAUAUCUGAAAACCUUCUCUAUAGUGGUGCACUUGGGGGUGUUAAUAUCUGAAAACCUUCUCUAUAGUGGUGCACUGGGGGUGUUAAUAUCUGAAAACCUUGUCUAUAGCGAUGCACUGGGGAUGUACUUCAUACCUGGCAGGUUUGUCCCGAACGGACCCCCACACGGAUCUUCACACAUAUGUAGUCCGUCCUGUAUUCACUGCACCUCGCCGUCGAAUGGACUAGCUGAACGCUUCCAUGCGUUACCGACACCUUCCACAUUGUAGCCGGUUACGUGACUCUUCCUCCAAGACAAAAACAGCGUGACGAUGGUGGUGAAGAGGACUUAGAGGGCCACUGUCGGUAGAUUCUCUCUCCCCCUCUCCCUCUUUAAAGGAAGUUUUUUGGUUCCGGUGGUGUUUUGAACAACACUUGCCUGUGGGUUUUUUCAGACUGGCUGACCAGCUUGUCCACAUGUCUGUUGGUUUCACUGCACCAGGUCCACUAGGUCGAGCCAAGCUCAAGUUUCUCCAUCGAUCCAGGUCUGUGUCCAACACUAUACAGGUCAUGUGAAUAACGAAUGGAAAUCCACUUGACUCAGUCUGUGAGAAACCUGGAGACGAUGCUAAUAGCAUUAGCACCCUUUACUUUUAACAGUUUGUUACUACAAAGCUGUGUAAGAAAAACACCAACAUAUUUCUAUAUGAAUAAAGACCGUUGUUUAAA